CCGUAAAUUCUUGCUUGAGGUCGCCCCUUUCUUUACCUUUGCCCUCUCUCUUUCACCAUCUUCGAAUCGAAUCCGCCAUGGAAGCGAAAGAGCUAAGCUUGGAACCUCUCGAAGCAGGAAAGACUGUAACAGUAACAGCACCAGAAGAAGAAGAAGAAGAAAAGUACGAUAGAGAAGGCGACGAUGAUGACCAGUCCUUGGAAGUUGAUGAUGAUGUUCGUCAUGUGAAGGAUGGAGGUGAAGAGACGAGGAAUAACUCCGAGUUAGUCAUCUUGUCGCCUUCAAUAGACUCGGAGUUGUCUAAAGAUGUGCCGGUUGACAGUGCUGUUCUUGGAAUUCCGGAAAAGGUUCAAUUGAAGGAGGCUCUCGAAAUUUUGCCAAUCAAAUCUUCACAAGCUCUGGCAAGGUGUCCAAAAACCUUAUGUGCUGCACCUUCAGUGAAAAUACCAUCGAGUGAUGGCUAUAAUUGGCGAAAAUAUGGUCAGAAGCAGGUGAAAAGUCCUCAAGGUUCAAGGAGUUACUAUAGAUGUUCACAGUCGAAUUGUCAUGCUAAAAAAAUUGAGUGCAAUGAUCAAACGAAUUGUGUUAUUGAUAUUAUCAACAAAGGUGCGCAUAAUCAUGAACAGCCUAAGAAGACAGUUAAUAAGGAAAGUCGACUUGCAUUAUGUGUUACACAGAGCAGUGCAGAUCAUCUGGUUAGUAUGCUGAAUGACUUAGAUCAAUCUUCUUCAUCGAAGGAGCCUAUACAAGAAGCACCCAAUACUCCAGAGAGUACGGUGCAGAAAUUGACUGGUCUAGUUGAGGUAGGUGAAGGUGGCACCGAAGGGCAUAUUGGCAAACCAGACAGUAAAAGAAGAAUGAAGAAGAGUGAUUCUGGUCAUGUUGAUUCUUCACUGAAAUCAAGCAAGAAGAAUAAAUUUGUUGUGCAUGCUGUGGGUGAUAUGGGAACUUCAGGAGACGGCUAUAGGUGGCGUAAAUAUGGACAGAAAAUGGUGAAGGGAAAUCGGCAUCCAAGGAACUACUACAGGUGUACAUCAGCUGGAUGUCCUGUUCGAAAGCACACAGAAAGAGCUGUAGAUAACCCGAAUGCCUUGAUAAUAACAUACAAAGGAAAUCACGAUCACGGCAUGCCUGUGCCCAAGAAGAGGCACUGCCCACCUGUUGCUGCUGCAACUUCUCAACCAAAGAAAUCCAAAACAUUAUCCGAGUCACUGGAGGUUGCGGAAGAGAAGGCGUUUGAAUCAGCACAAACCCUUCUUAGCAUUGGUUUCGAAUUAAAGCAGUUUUGAAAAAGGGAUUUGGUUCGGUUGAGUUUGCUUGUAUAUCUAAUGCCAUUGUAGUAGUGGUUACUUGUUCUUUUUCCCUUGUAGAGUUUUUUCUUCUAUUUUGGUAUUUAAGACUUUCUUGUUUGAAGUCAUUCUGUUGUAAGCGGGCUUGUAUGUUGUAACUGAGAUGGAUGUUUUUUUGGUCAUCCCUGAGAUGGGUUGUUGAGAGCAUAUAAUCUUAUACUUCUUUGGUACUUGCACUG